AUGGGCGCUCUCGGUGUGCUGGCGGCGUCCAAUGAGCGCCGAAUCUCCGGCGGUGACGUCGGGGCUCCAUUGCGCGGGGCGAUGUGGGCGCUGCUGGCGGCGCUGGCGCUGCUGCUGCCGGGGCUGCUGCUGCUGCGGCCGCUGCUGCGCGCGGACCUCGCCUUCGCUGCGCGCGCCCUGCGCGCUCGGGGCCGGUUUGGCGGGAGAGGGAGCGCGCGCGCGCGCAGCCUCCCCGCGCGCUUCCUGCGCGCGGCCGAGGCGGGUCCCGCGCGCCCGUUCCUGCGCGCGGCCGGCGGGACCCUGAGCUACGGGCGCGGGGCGCGCUCCGUGGCGCGCGUCGCCAACGCCUUGCGCGGGCUCCGGCUCGGUCCCGCGCGCGGGGGCGCGCUCGGGCCGGGCGUGGCCGUGGGGCUGCUGGCGGGGAACGAGCCCCGCUUCGUGUGGGGGUGGCUGGGGCUGGCGGCGCUCGGGGCGCGCCCCGCGUUCCUCGGGAGCGCGCUGCGCCCCGCGGCGCUGAGGAACUGCCUGAGAGAGUGCGGGGCAAGGGCGCUGCUGGUGGCGGAUGACCUAUUUGCGUCCGUGGAGCCCAUCCUGCCCGCGCUGCAGCAGGAGGAUGACAUCGUGGUGUGGGUGCUGGGCUCGGGGCCGUACCCCCCCGGCGUCGUGGCCCUGCAGGAGCGCCUGGAUGCGGCCUCGGAGGAGCUGGAGCCCGAGGACGUUUGGCAGCCGGAGGACAUGAACGAGACCUGCCUGUACAUCUUCACGUCCGGCACGACCGGUCUCCCCAAGGCCGCCCGCGUCUCCCACCUCAAGUCCCUGCUGUGCCUGAGCUUCUACGAGCUGGUGGGCGCCUGCAGCCGCGACGUCGUGUACCUGGCGCUGCCCCUGCACCACAUGGCCGGCUCCCUGCUGGGCAUCGCCGGCUGCAUCGGCAUCGGGGCCACGUGCGUGCUGAAGGAGAAGUUCUCGGCCUCCCAGUUCUGGGACGAGUGCAGGGCCGAGGGGGUCACCGUGUUCCAGUACAUCGGGGAGCUCUGCCGCUACCUGCUCAACCAGCCCCAGCGCCCCGGGGAUCGGAGCCACGGCGUGCGCUUGGCCGUGGGGAGCGGGCUGAGCGCCGGCGUCUGGCGCCGCUUCCUGCAGCGCUUCGGGCCCAUGCGCGUCGUGGAGACGUACGGGCAGAGCGAGGGCAACGUCUCCCUCUUCAACUACACCGGGACCCCCGGCGCCGUGGGGCGCGGAAGCUUCAUCUACAAGCUGGUGUCUCCCUUCGAGAUCGUGCGCUACGACGUGGCCACGGGAGCCCCGGUGCGCGACGCGUCCGGGCGCUGCAUCCGCGUGGGGCCGGGGGAGCCGGGGCUCCUGAUCGCGCCCGUCACCCCCCGCACCCCGUUCCUGGGCUACGCGGGCGGGCGCGAGCUCUCGGAGCAGAAGCUCCUGCGCGGGGUCUUUGCCGAGGGCGAUUCCUACUUCAGCACCGGGGACCUGAUGGAGCAGGACGAGGAGCAGUUCGUGCGCUUCCGGGACCGCACCGGGGACACCUUCAGGUGGAAAGGCGAGAACGUGGCCACCACCGAGGUGGCUGAAGCGCUGCUGGCCCACGAGGCGCUGCAGGAAGCCACCGUCUACGGUGUCACCGUGCCAGGCCAGGAGGGCCGCGCGGGGAUGGCGGCGCUGGUGCUGAGCCCCGGCUGCAGCCUGGAUGGAGCCGCGCUCUUCCGGCACGUGGAGCGGCUCCUGCCGCCCUACGCAUGGCCCCGCUUCCUGCGCCUGCAGGAGCGCCUGGAGAUGACGGACACCUUCAAGCAGCAGAAGGUGCGGUUGGCACAGGAGGGCUUCGACCCCACCUCCAUCCCUGACCCCCUCUUCCUGCUGGACCAGAGCUCCAAGGCCUAUGUGCCCCUCGGCCCUGCGCAAUGGGAGGGGGUCCUGGAUGGGAGCAUCCGCAUUUAGGGGGCCCCAAACCCAUGGGGGGGUCCUGCACUGGGUGCCCCAUGGGAUCCCCAUGGCCAUCCCUGGGUACCCAACAUCCAUCCCUUGAUACCCAGUGUCCCUCCCUGGGAACCCAACGUCCAUCCCUGGGUACCCAACAUCCAUCCCUUGGUACCCAGCAUCCAUCCCUUGGUACCCAGCAUCCAUCCCUGGGUACCCAACGUCCAUCCCUGGGUACCCAACGUCCAUCCCUUGGUACCCAGCAUCCAUCCCUGGGUACCCAACGUCCAUCCCUUGGUACCCAGCAUCCAUCCCUGGGUACCCAGCAUCCAUCCCUGGGUACCCAGCAUCCAUUCCUUGGUACCCAACGUCCAUCCCUUGAUACCCAGUGUCCCUCCCUGGGUACCCAACGUCCAUCCCUUGGUACCCAGCAUCCAUCCCUUGGUACCCAGCAUCCAUCCCUCGUACCCAACAUCCCUCCCUGGGUACCCAACAUCCAUCCCUGGGUACCCAGCAUCCACCCCUCGGUACCCAAUAUCCACCCUGUAGCUCCCCACGUCCAUCCCACAUCCCCGGGUACCCACAUCCAUCCUCCUGUCCCCAGUCCCUGUAUCAGUCCCGUCUGUCCCUGCAUCCAUCCUGCCAUCUCUGGGUACCCCACAUCCGUCCUAUAGCUCCCCACAUCCAUCCUCCAUGUCUCCAUGUCCAUCCUUCCAGCCCCACGUACCCCAUGU